GCUCGUUGAACAUUUAAUUCUGUCAGCAUCAUGCAUGUAGCUAGACGUAAAAGGAUUUGCAACCUUUAACACAGCGAGCAAAGUAGGACCAACCCAAAGGUGUCGUGUCUGACGAUUAUUUUCCACCCAAGGAAGACCAGUUAUCUGUGUAUGGAUAUGGCCAGCCCUCAGACAGGUCUGAAAACCCCUUUUAAAGACCUGACCUCAUUUAAAGGCAACAUGAAGCGGCUGUACAGGGAGCGACUGGAAGAUGCUCCCAUUAAAAAACGGGUAAUGGCAGAGAUGCAUUUGAAACGUCGCAGCCUGGAGAGCAUCCCCAAACCCCUAAAGGUCAAGAAGGAGCGUGAGGAGCACACCAGCUCAGAAAUGGACAUGGAGGAAAGAGAAUUCCACAUUGUCGGAGCAUCCAAGGCUUUAGAUCUGAGCGCCGGCCUCAAGCACACGCUGGCACAGUUCACGCUGAGCAGCCAGAGCUCCCUGGGAGGUCCUGCUGCUUUCUCAGCAAAAUCUGCACAGGAGUGCGCCUCUCCUGCUGGCAUGGCUCCCCUACCGUCUCCCCCAGUCCUCGGAGGAGGCCCACUCUUAGUGCCCUGUGACAGCUCCACAGAGCUUACCCAUUCUCUCCUUGAAGGAGAGUCCAUCUCCUGCUUUGUUGUAGGUGGUGAGAAGCGUCUUUGUCUGCCCCAGGUACUCAAUUCAGUGCUCCGAGACUUCUCUCUGCAGCAGAUCAAUGCUGUUUGUGAUGAACUUUACGUUUACUGUUCGCGGUGUGAUGCGGAGCAGCUGCACAUUCUCAAGGUGCUGGGCAUUUUGCCUUUUAAUGCACCUUCCUGUGGCCUGAUUACCCUAACUGAUGCCCAACGGCUCUGCAAUGCCCUGCUUCGCCCAGGUGCCAACAUCUCAGCCGAUCCCAACAGCAAACUGCCAGGCCAAGGCCUGCUGAAGGAGAGUGACGCCAGUUUCCAGGUGGAGCACCAGUGUCUUGGCAAGUGCCAAGGCCUGUUUGUGCCCCAUUUCUACGUCCAGCCGGAUGCCCCUUGCAUUCAGUGCAUGGAGUGCCAGCUGCUGUUUUCCCCACAGAACUUUGUAAUGCACUCACACAAGUCCCCUGACAAGAGGACCUGCCACUGGGGCUUCGAUUCAGCCAAGUGGCCCUGCUACCUUCAGCUGGGGCGCAAGCAUGAGGGCACACAGGAGGAGCCACAGCUCAAGCAGCUGCUGGACGAGAUGAAGGAGAAGUUUCACUACCAGCUAAAGAGGCCUCUGGACAAAAAGGUGGUGGAUGAUGACGGCCACGGGAGGAAGUCCAGCCCUGCACCCUGCCCUCCUAACAGCAAGCUGUCUGAUAGCGGCCUGGAGGAAAAGCUAGCAUCUAAGGGCAACUCGCAGUCUUCACUGGUAUUCAGUCGACUGUUUCCUGACAUCAAAGAGGAACCAGGACAUGCUCCCAUCAUCCAUCCGAGCUACUACCUGUACACGUACGAUAAGAUGGUGGCCCCUAACGUGUCCCUGCGGAAGGAGAGAGAGGUGAGCCAUGAGGUUCUGGGGGCCCUGCUCAAACAACACUACAGCAGGAGGACGUUCACCCAUGACAACCAGCCCACCACAGAUCUUCCUGCAUCUCCUUCUUCCACUGCAGAGGAGGCCAAAUCCCACCACACGGGCGAAGCACACGAGCGCCGCCAACCUCCUCCGCCGGUCGCCAUGGAGACCAGCCCGGGUGGCAAGCAACACGCCCCCAUUUCCAUGGCGGGCAAAGACAGCGGCGCAGAGGAUGACAAGGACAGGAUCAUGCUGGAGAUCGUGCAGAUGUACCGGCGGCAGCAAGAGAAGCUCAAUUCCACGCUUCAGAAACAGCUGCAGCUAGAGAUGGAGCUGGAGGCAGUGCGCGGGGGCGAGGCGGCCCGGCUCAGGGAGUUGUCUGCGGAGCAGCUGGAGCUGCAGAACGAGCUGGAGGCGGUGCACACUGAGCAUGCUCAGAGACUGGGGGAGGUGCGGCAGGAGCAGAGGCAGCUGGAGCACCGGCUCGAGCAGCUCAAACAGCAGAGUUGCGCCUGUCAGCCUAAAGAGCAGGAGGCACAGUACAAUGCACAGCUGUGUGAGCUACGCUGUCGUCUAGAGCGGGCCGAGGCGGAGCGGCAGGAGCUGCAGGAGGAGCUGUGCAGAGAGCGAGAGGCCAGAGAGAAGCUGGAGCUGAUGAUCGCUCAGCUUCAGCAGCAGAUGAGCCGCUCCGCCAGCAAAGGCAGCAACAGCCCUGCCCAGCCUCCGACCCCUUCCGCCAGCCCUCAGUCCCAGCAUUCACCCUGUUCACCAACCCCUGAGGUAACAUCCGGAUAAACCCCACACUUCAGGAACUCGCAGAGCCCUACAUAAAACACAAGACAACAGCUCUGCUGAGAAAGAGCAGCUCUCCCAUCACGACCAUCGCACCCAGACUCAACCUUUGUGUUUAAUUUAAAGACUCUUGGUGUCGCCCGGCCUGCAACCAGUCGUUUAGCGUUUUUUGGAUGUACAUGUUUGUUCUAAUUUAUAGUCGUGCUAAGGGGCUGAUGGGACGCAGGAGGCUUUUUUUUUUUCUUUUUUAGGACUUCUUGCCUCCUGUGGAGUUGCUCGAGUGUUUCUUUUUCCUGUCCCGGCUCUUUGCAACAGGAAAUGACACUGACACUCACUAAAAUACUACCUGUCACGCGGAAUCCCAGGAUGCCGAGUGACAAAGACGCCAAUGCCCUGCAGCAGCAAGAAAACCAUGUGGAUGUUUACUUUUUUAUUUAAAUCCUGUGUAUUGGUUAUUUCGUACAGAAAAAUGGGAGAAUGUGCUUUUUUUUCUUCUUCUUAAAAUAUUAUUUAGUUAUUUUACUUGAUAGACAAGAGUCCCUUACUGAGGCCCCCCUGCUUUAAGAUCAUAAUCCUCCUCUUUUCCUCAGCGCUUUUGUUUCCCAGCCUGCCGUUUGUCUUUUUGGGGUCUGGUGUUGAUUAUGCGUUUCCUGUCUGCGCUGCUGACCCUUUGCAGACUGCUGUAAAACACCAGGCCGCCUCAUUCCUAUGAGAAGCCGAACGCAAAAACACACACAUUCGCCCUCUGCUGGAGAACACUAUGUAUAACAAGCUAUUUAACGUUUCAUCUAUAAAAAAACCUACUUGUAUCAAUUCCCGUGCUACUACUAACUAUUUUUAAAUUCUAGUAUCAUAACUUUAAGUAUUAGUAAUUAUUUAUUAGCUACUGUUUGUCAUUUUUAUUUAUGUAGUAGUGCCUAUUCAUUAGUUCAUAUUAAUUAGAUGCUAAUACUUCAUUAUUAGAUACUUGUAACUAUUAAAUAGACACCAGUACUUUGCUAUUAAAUGCUAAUACCGUUCGAUGCUGGAAUUUAGAUGCUAAUAGUCAUUACAUACUAGUACCUAUUAUUAGAAACUAGUAGUUAUUAUUUAUUAUACAUUAUCUUCUGAAUAUUAUGGUGGUACUCUUUUCUGAUUAGCAUUAUUGGACACAGUGGAGUUCAGUUAAAAAUUUGACUAGUAAAUUGAAUUAUCUUGCUAAUAACAUUUUAAGUAAGAACUAAUAUCUAUUUUAUAGACACAAGUACCUAAUCAGUAAGUGCUAGCAUUCAUUAAAUAAGAACUAGUGUUUGUUUUAAUGCAACAAUAUCUAAUAGGUAAAUACUAGUAUGUAAGGAUUAAGUAAUAGUAUCUAAUAAGAGGAACUAGUACUAACUACAAUUAUGAACAUGAGUACUAGGAACCGCUGGAAUACAUACUGAUCCAAAGAGCCAGUUAUUUAUUUAUUGUUUAAUAGUAACUAAUAAAAGUACUUGUGUGUGUAUUUUAAUAAGUACUAGUAUCUAAUAAAUAAGAACUAAUGUGUAACAAAUUCUAGUAUGUUGCUAGUAACUAAACAGUAAUAUUAUAAGCAUCUAAAGUGUUCGCACUAGUAAAUAAUAAGAACUAAUAUCUAAUAAAUAACAACUAAUGUGUAACAUAAAGGUAGCACUUUAGUUUUGGUCACAAUUUACACCAUUAACAAAUCAUUAACUAACGCCACUAGCUUAAUAAACCACUAAUUAGCUGUUUAUUAAUAGUAAGGUAGAAGUUGGGUUUAGGUUUUGGAUAGGAUGAGGGAUGCAGUAUAAGAUCAUACUUUAUAACUGCUAAUAAAAAGUUAAUAUCUUAAUAAUAAGCAGGUUAUAAGCCAGUAGUUAAUAGCAUGAAUUGAGACCUAAACUAAAGUGUUACCUAAAUAAAUACUAGUAUGUUGCUAGUAACUAGAUGCUUAUAAUGUUAAUGUUUAAAGCACUUUUAAGCAGGUACCAGUAUCUAAUAAAUAGGAACUAUGUAAAAAUAAAUACUAGUAUGUUGCUAGUUACUAGAAAUUAAUUUUAUAAGCAUCUAAAGUAGACACACUAGUAAAUAGGUACUAGUAUCUACUAAAUAAGACCUAAUGUGUAUUUUAAUAUGUACUAGUAUUUAAUAAAUCACAACUAAUGUAAAAAAAUAGAUACUAGUCUGUUGCUAGUAACUAAACAUUAUUUACUAGUGCUUAUACUUCAGGUGCUUAUAUUAACAUUUAGUUACUAGCAACAUAUUAGUGUUUAUUUAUUACACAUUAGUUACUAUUUAUUAGAUACUAGUAAUUAUUAUUUACUAGUGUUAAUAAUUAUUAGUAUCUAAUAAAUAAAAACUAAUGUGUAAUAAAUAAAUACUAGUAUGUUGCUAGUAACUUAACAUGAACAUUAUAAGCAUCUGAAGCAUAAGCACUAGUAAAUAAGUCCUAGUAUCUUAUAAAUAAGAACUAAUGUGUGACAAUAAAUACUAGUAUGUUGCUAAUAAUUAGAUGCUUAUAAAAUUAAUGUUGAAAGUAUAAGUACUAGUAUUUAAUAAAUAAAAACUAAUGUGUAAUAAAUAAAUACUAGUAUGCUGCUACUAACUAAACAUGAAUAUUGUAAGCAUUUGAAGUAUAAGCACUAGUAAAUAAGUACUAGUAUGAAAUAAAUAAGAACUAUAUGCAACAAACAAAUACCAGUAUGUUGCUAGAUGCUAGAUGCUUAUAAUAUUAAUGUUUAAAGUAUUCACACUAGUAAACAAUACGUACUUGUAUCUAAUAAAUACGAACUAAUGUGUAACAAAUAAAUACUUGUUUGCAGCUGGUAACUAAACAUUAACAUUAUAAUCAUCUAAAACUGGAGUGCCCAAACUCUGUCCUGGAGGGCCGGUGUCCUGCAAAUUUUAAUUCCAACCCCAAUUAAACACACCUGAACUAGCUAAUUAAGCUCUUUCUGGGUAUACUAGAAACUUCCAGGCAGGCGUGUUGAAGGAAGUUGGAGCUAAACUAUGUUUGGGCACCCCUGAUCUAAAGUAUAAGCACUAGUAGAUGAUAUGUACUUGUAAUAAAAUAAAAACAUCAUAACCCAGAAAAAUAGGUACUAGUAGCAUGAAGGAAAUCAACACUAGUACGGUUUAUAGAUUAAAUUUAACACUAUGAAAAUCUGCCCCCUUUGAGGAAGAUGUGCAGUUGUGCAAACGAGCUAUCAGGAUGUUGCAGUUCACACUUUCUACCGUUGCGUCAAAGGAAUUAAUUGGUUGUAGUUGCUAAAUAAUUGCAGAACAACGUCCUAUCUAGAAGCAGAGCAGACCUUAUAUUUUGACAUCUUCCUAGUGUUAGGAUAUAUCAGGAUAGAUAAGUGCAGCUCUCGUCUCUUCGUUCAUUAUUCCGGGUGACUGAAUAAACAGGUCUGAUGGAGAGAAACAGAGGCAGUCAGGAGGCCAAAGGAGGGACGCUGAGGAGUGAAUGAAUGCGCUCGCGUUUGCUCUCUGGGGUUGAGGAGGCUCAGAACGGGGCAGCUGCAUCUGAUGCAGUUCUUCAUUUCAAUGAGAGUAUGUAAACAAUACCAAGCAGAAAUCGGGGCUUCUUUCCUUCACGAUGUACAUAUAUCUCGCAUCAAACAUUCCACUGUGCACAGCUCAUCAGCCAAGAGACUAAAUGUACAGUGCAAAAAAACAACCCGACUUAUGUGAAUACAUCCAGCAAUGAAGAAGAAUCCAUAAAAAAGAAUUAAGACUAUAUUGUAAAUGAGUGCUUUUUUUUUUGCCAUUUUGGAACUUUAUUCAGAAAUUAUUUAAUGUAUUAUUAACUAAUAAAGAUUUAUAUACACUUUGUACAUACAGUAGUCAUUAAUAUAUUAACGAAAUUCUUAUAAAUGAUAACCUUUCAAGCUUUUUUUUGAUGACACUUACUAAAAGAUGGGUGGUUAACAUUUAUUUUUAGUUCAUUAUUCUUUUUUUGGGGGGCCUGAAGAGUGGUUGUUGCUGAAGGUGGUGUAGUAGGUGGUCUCUCUGAACCCCUGCUCUCUCUCCCAUAGGGAACAGCGACGUUUGCUUGUCCGGUGCCUCAUUUCAUUGGAGCCCACUGAGACUGACAACAACCUUUUGUUAUUUUAGUGGGGUUCAAUCGUUAUAAAUAAAAAUGAUAUAUCAAUAUAUUUAAAAAUAUAAAUAAUAUUUAAAUUAAGGGCGUGAGAUAAUGCAUGUAUUGUUAGCUACUAUAUUGUUAUGCUAAAACACAGAUUCAUUAUUGCUAAAAUGCAAAAGUGACUUUCUUUUUUGUACUCGAGCUUUCAAAGAACCAAUCCUCCUCCAUAUUGUCUGAAAAGAGCAGUCUUUGUCAAAGGAGCGCUAAGUGUGCUCAAGAGCCUAAUAGAAAAGACUUUUGAUACGAGUGUGUGUCAGUGCAAAUGAGAUGAAAAGAGUGAAGCUUUUUUAAAUGAUAUACACACACACACACACACACACACACACCCACACACAUAUAUAUAUAUAUAUAUAUAUAUAUAUAUAUAUAUAUAUAGCUCUGACUUCAUGAGUAGUUCUGUUAAGAGAUUGUAGCAUCUGUUUUUAGCACUGUAAUAAUGCAUUCCUACAGUGCGUCGACUGCAAUUUCUGUACAAUCAGUAUUAGGGUUCUUUUGUUUUCACCACAGUUACCUCUGUAGCAGCCAGUUUCAAUGCUGUUUUUGAUAGUUUUUGGGUAUUAAAAUGUAUUUCUGAAGCUUUCUAGAGUAUACCUUUUCAUUUGUAACGAUUCUAUGAAACGUGUAAAUUGCAUUUUAUACACAGGGGGGCGCUGUAUAUCUUCUAUGUAGUGAAUUUUGGCCAUAGGAGUACAGUUUAGACUCUGUUUUCGGCGGUUCAUUUGUUAUGCAAAUGAAUACAGAUAGCGCUGUACAUGUAUAUCCGAGAGGAGUGGAGUAUGUCUAGUUUAAAAUAUGAUUAGCAAGAAUACCUUAAAGCAUUCUAGAGUUGCUAGAUUUUUCGGCAAAGCUAUCGUGUAUUUUGCAUUACAGAGGAAUAAUAUCCCAUUUUACAAGGGGAUGAUGAAUACUGUGGCUCCCUUGAACUGAAUAAUAGGUAAAAGAACAUUGCAAUUAUUAUAAACGAAGCAUUUUUUAUAUAUUGGUUGACAUAUGUAGAGUACAAAUAACUACCUGCCAGCACAGCAUGUGUCCCUAUGAUCUUGAUCACACCUUUUCUAAUGUGUAACUAAAAAAAUAUAUAUAAAUCAGAUGAUGAUGAUGCUUUUUUUUUUGUUUGAGAACCCACUCAACACUGUAAUAGAAACAAUAUUGAUGUUUACGACCUUUGUGAACAGCAAAGUUGCGAUUCUGAGAUCUGAAAAUGCAGUGUUUGUGUGUAUCAUUGCAUUAUAAUGUUGCCAAUCCUACAGUGUGAUGAGAGGUUUUUUUUUUUUGCUCUUGCAUGAAAAUGAGACGUUGCUCUCCUACCUCAUGUUGUGAUAUAAGAUGUUUUCUAAAGCAGAUGACACAUCUCGAACUGUUGAUCAUGAUUGAUAUUUACGAGUUAAAUACAUGUACAUGCUUUUAGCCAAUACCUCAGUUGUAUUUAGUGUUUUAUUGUUUAUUUCCCCAAUUUCAGACGUUGUAAAUAAAUAUUGUAUAGACAAUGAACUUGGAUUCAAUUCAAGUAAAGUUCUGUAGUGUCAAA